AUGGAAAUCCCACAACCCCUCGAAGCCCCAGGCCCCAUCAGGCCGAUAACCUGCGUCGAAAUGCACACCGCAGGCGAGCCAACACGAAUCAUCUGGAACGGCAUCCCGCCUCUGGCAGGUACACUCCUGGAACAACGAGGGCAAGCAAAAGCUCAAUUCGACGAAUUCCGUCGGGUUCUCAUGCUCGAACCGCGCGGCCACUAUGACAUGUAUGGCGCAAUUUUACGGCCCGAGACCGAGCUCGUCAACUCCGGAAAAGCCCACAUGGGCGUUCUGUUCAUGCAUAAUGAAGGGUUCUCGCUUAUGUGUGGACAUGCGACGAUCGCGCUGGGCCGGUUCCUCGUCGAUGUCGACGAGAAGGUAUUUCCUCGUCGGAAGGAAUUGAGAUAUGACCCUGUGUCCCGCACAACGACUCUUAAUCUGCAUGUGCCCUGUGGAGUCGUCGAGGUUACUGUCCCCACCUUGGGAUCAGGGAAGUCGGAUCCGUCGCGAUCUGUUUCGUUCGUGUCUGUGCCGUCGUUUGCUACGGCUAUCUCCUGCCAGAUUCCUGUUCCUGAGAAGUAUCGCUGGGCCGAGCUUCGUGGAAAGACUUCUGUUACGGCGGACUUUGCUUAUGGGGGUGCGUACUAUUGUAUGGUUAGUGCCGAGGAAUUGGGCUUCCCUAGUGGUCUGGGUGAAGUUAAGUUGCAGGAGAUGGAUCAUGUAACGAAGUUGCUCAAGGAGGCAGUGGUUACAAAUCCGGAUUUGCGAUAUCUCACCAAGGAUAUUCGAACUGCCGAGGAGGGGGUCCUGUAUGGGAUUAUGAUCACAGAUACACGACUGGGACACGUUAGUGCCCCGGAGGGGACGGCUGCUGCUCGUGCGCAGCUGGAUGCUAGUACCGAGGAGACGGGGCUCUAUUUCUUUGCGAACCAGCAGAUUGAUCGGUCUCCCACUGGAGGCUGUGUCGCUGCGAGGGUGGCUCUUGCACAUACCAAAGGGACUUUGCCUGCGGGUGAGAAGAGGAUCUACAACUCCCUGGUGACUCGUGCAUAUAGAGGUCUUUCUGGAUUUGUUGGGUCUGUCUUUGAUGAUGCCGGUAUAAGUGGAGGAGAUCAGCAGAUUGUUCGAGUCUGUGUCGAGGGAUAUGCGUAUUAUACCGGAUAUCAUUCCUUUGUGGUAGAGAAGGAGGAUGGUCUUGGAGUGGAUGGAUUCUCUGUGAAGGAUAUCGCUUUGUAG